AUGGGUGGUGUAAAGGAUAAGAUCGCCAGUUUGCUCAAGGGCAAGAAGAAGAGUGAGGAGGAAUCAGAGUUGGCGCAGGAAAUUGAGGGGGAGCUUGAACAGAGACCGAGGAGAGAACGAAGAAAAUAUCGGAGGAGUAGGACAAAUCGAGAGAGACGAUCGAAAGAUGGAGAGGAUGGGGAGGAUAGGGAGGGUGAAGGCGGAUAUGGUUCGAUUUCUCCAAGAAGACAUCGACAUCGAGAUGGCAGAGAUCACGAAUACGAUGAAAAUCCUCGACGACAUCAUUCGGUCAAAUUAAGUACCUCUACCUCUCGUUCGCCUCAUACAGAUCAUCGACAUCGCGCGGAUGACGAUUCUCCUUCUGCUUCUCCGAAAAAACAUCAAUCGAAUAAGCCAAGUACCUCGACCUCUCAAUCGCCACAUCAUGCAAGACCUAGCACAGGUAGAUCGUCAAAAUACACGGAAGAGGGUGUAAGAGCGCCUAAGGUUAAAAUAUUGACAGAUUGGCCACCAGUUGGUUAUUCGCAUGAUGCCGAAUUGACACAAGGAAAAGCGAUGCAAUUGAUUGCUACUGGAGUACCUGUUUUCAAAGGAACCAUGGAAUCGAUCGCACACGCUUCGAAUGAAUACUUUGCGCUGUAUGCGACUUGUAAUGGGAAUGGAGGAGCUGGGAGCGAUCGUGCGGAGGUUUUUAGUAGGGCUUUCAUGGCGGAUUCUAUGCGAUUGCAAGGAGCUGGCGAAACAAAUCGUCCAUGGGAGACUCUCGAACAACCAAGUAUGGCUUUUGCUUAUGGUACACUGGGAGGCACGAUUACGUUGAAUCACUGGUGCAGCAUCAAUGGCAAUCCACAUGCUCCCAUUGAACUUCGGGAUUCGAGCGUUCAAACUCUGAGAGAUGUGGAUCUGCAAACUCUCUUGGAUCGAUUGAUAUAUUUGGAAGGUGGUAUUGAUGAUGAGAGUGAGGAUACGCUGUACAAGAAUUUAUACAAGAUUUUACUCAAGGAUCUCGACAAAUCGUUUAUCGCCAAAAAGGGAAUGGAGAAACAGAUUGCGGAUUUGAUAAUUGCGCUGUCGAGACGUGAGUGGAUUGAUUUUAGUCAACCUAAGAAUCAUGUUGUGGCUAAAUUCUUUGCUGAUGAGGCAUAUUCUGAUCAUGGACGGUAUCGAGCUUUCUUUCAGCAACUGCUGUUGAGUAUAGAACUGGAGUUGAGGAUUCAAUCAAAGCAUCACUCGGAAGAAGCAAAGGAGAGGUUGUUAGCACAGUUGCCGCCAUGGAUCUCCUGGGAUUUAGCUGUUGCGAAGAAGUGGAGAGAGUGCAUGACAAUCGAGAAGUAUAGGGCUAGUGAUGAUCUUCAGCAAAGUAAGUUUGCACAAUUCAAUCUGCUCUUCGAGAAAGAGAAACUAAUUACUACAGUUAAAUUUCGUCUUUUAAGGAAGAGAUCACAAGUCAAGGCCUUGCGCAAAUUUUCGAGGGCUAUGAAGUGGCCUAAUUUAGCCAUGGUAGAUGAAGCUCUUAAAGAGCUAAAUCCAGAUGCUUCACCUCUCGAAGAUCGUUCUGCAGACGCCAUGUCCUUUUGUACUGGCCUAAUCCUGCCAGGGCCAACUCAACCAUGGCUUCUCAUGAACACGUUAAUCGACUGCGACGAGGAUGGAGGUGCUGACCUUGGCGGUCUUACACAUAUGCAUCCUAAUUCGGGCUUCCAAUACAGAGGUAGUACAUAUUGGGCAUCUACUUGCAUUGUUGGCAAAGUUCUUGCGCCCACCUGUCAAGAGAUUGCCGGUUGGGUUGGCCCAGCUCUCGCUUCUACGGAUAUCGAUCGCACCCAGGUCUUGCGAAUUCGUCAACGUAUGACCCCCCAAAUCAUCACCAAGACAGACGUCCUAAGUAUGCGCGUUCGAUCCGAUCCUCUAGGUCCACCCGAUCCCAGCGAUCCCGUCUACCCCAUCAGCGAAUUUGUGCUACCCAAGCUAGACUUGGAAUCGCCACCUGUAGACAAUAUUCGGAUUGAGAGACUGUCAUUCGUGGUAGCGAGACCACACCAGCAGCUUGACGGCGGCUCCCCAAGGAGAAGCAGCGAGGUGGGAAAGAGACCGCCUAAUUAUGAUGCUUGUGUGGUUUUUGCUAGGAAGGGACAAUCGCAUUGGUUGAGAUUAGCUCACGAUGUUUCGUUCAUCACCGCGUACCCUUGUUCUAAUGGCCCACAUCCACUUUUCUUCGACUACGUUUACAAAAUUGCGUGUUUGGAUCAGCUGCUCGAUAUACACAAUUGGGGCGGUGUAGGAGGUGCUAAUUUAAACGAAGACCUGCAGCUAGGCUGGGCACCAGAUCCGAAAGAAAUGGGCAUCAAAGGUUCGUGGGAAGAAGGAUAUGAUAUGAAGGAUGCAAAGUGGAGGUUUAAUGAACUUAUGGAGGGUGUUGAUAAGGAUACGGUGCUGGUGAUUGAGGCGUGGGGCGUGGGCGAUAAUGAAUGUAUGGCUAGGGCGUGGUGUAGUCAUUGGGGCUUGAAUGCGGUGGUGGCGGUGUUGGGGAGGUCGUGUGUGGGGUGUGCGGUUCGAGAGGCGUAUGCGGGGGGAGUUAAUGUGGUUAUUUUUGUUGGUGAAGAGGGGAAGUGGAAGGGGAAGGGAAAGGAAAAGGAAAGGGAAAAGGGGCAUGAGUAG